UGGGGUGCAUCGGAAACAUUGCAGGCGUGUUGCACUGUGCGGUAGUGUGUCACAACUUCCUUUUGUGCGAAGCAUCCAGAUCAAGAGGAUCAGAAGAGCAGACAAGACAACCCCAAGUUGAUUGACAUGUCAAACCCUGUGACUCAUCAGCCAGCAGCAGGUUCAUAUGGAACCAACGUGCAGACAGGAGAGUGGAGCACAGGCCUCUGCUCCUGCUGCAGUGAUCUGCUCAUCUGUGGCCUUGGUUUUCUUUGUCCAAUUGCACUGGGAUGCUACACAGCUAACAAGUAUGGAGAAAAUGCAUGUCUGGCAUGUGUUCCUGGAGGCAUGGCUGCUAUGAGGACGCACAUGAGACUGACCUAUGGCAUUCAAGGUACAAUAUGCAACGAUGCCCUGAUGACCUGUUGCUGUGGAAUAUUUGAGACUUGUCGAAUGGCCAGAGAAAUUCGCAUUAGGAAUGGAGAGGCAUAAUCAUGUGUUACUGCUGUAACCUUACUUUGUAGCAAAGUAUCACAGUCACUUUUUUUUAUUAUUAUUUUUACAGUCAACCAGAGAAUAAAAUUUCUGAAAUUAAUAAUUAACUUUAUAUAAAACACAAGCAGUAAAACAUAAUAAAUAAUCACACAUUGAACAGU